AUGAUGAACUAUAUGUACCGCAUACGUUUUAAUUACUACCCAGUGAUGCAUAUCCUGAGUAGGCAUCAGAGGGAACAACUAGUUGACCAGCUGUUCUCACACAGAACACAGCUGCAGACCAGAUUUAUACAGAAUAGCCUCUUCUAUGACAACAAGAUGAGGAAGUUUAGCACUCUCGUGCAAAACCAGGGCUCUCUCUACGAAAAAACAGCAAAGGCACUUGAAACUGUCGAUGGGAGGUCACUUCCAACGGAAUACGCGCCCGGAUACAAGUCAUGCAGAAUCUUUGACAACCCAAAUAUCGUAGAGACAGUGCAUCGAGAAACACCCCUGGGAAAAAUCUAUCGUUAUCUGGAUAUCACUGGAGCAUUAACAAAGUUCAACAGCAGGAAGAUGCAUCUGCUUAGGUCACGUCCGCUCACCCGCAGCUACAUGACUUAUCUUACAGAAAAUGAGAGGAAGAUGGGACUCGUUAUGGAAUGGGUACUCUGCUUCUUGGUCCUCCUUUGCAUUGUCCAGGUUAUAUGGGAGACUCGCGAACAUCACGACAGACCCUAUGUAAUUGCUGGAAAGGGUUACGAAUUUACAGGAGCUGGACCUGUGGAACUCAGAUGGCAUGGCAGUUUCCCACUCCAGUAUCCAAAGGGAAGAUGUAAGGAAUGCGAGUUCUUCGAAUUUGAGUGUAAAAAGAGGUGCUUUGACGCCCUCAUAAAACAGGGACAUACCUUCAUCAUGGGCGACCCAUACCAGAUUCCAAGAAGGAAACUCUUGCCAACUCCAUACCCUCCCUGUGAAUAA